GAAGUUUUGUUGCUUUAGCAACGCAUAAACCAAUGAUUUCAAACAGUACAAGCAACCUUUAGUAUUUACACUGCCAUAGAGAACACAAAGCGCCGUCCUUUACUCGUCAAACACAAGCAACAAACUCAUCAUGUCGGACAUUGGAUCCGAAGAAUUCGAAGAGGAAGAAGGCAUUAACUUAGGGAGCUACGAGGGUGACAGAAAUGAAGGAGAGGAGCGCCAUGGGUUUGGAAAGGCAACUCUCCCUAACGGGGAUACCUACGAAGGACAAUACGAACACGGCAAGCGCAAUGGUAACGGAACCUAUCGCUUCAAAAACGGCGCCAAAUACGUAGGGGAGUACUCAAAAGCCAAAAAGCAUGGCCAGGGGACAUUCUGGUACCCAGAUGGGUCAAGAUACGAAGGGGGCUGGGUCGAAGACAGAAGAAAUGGCCAUGGCAUCUAUUACUAUGUGAAUGGGGACACAUACGAAGGGAACUGGUAUGAGCACCAAAGACAUGGACAAGGAACUUAUACCUACGCAUCUACAAGGAGCAAAUACACAGGGACUUGGGUGAAUGGCAAGAGAGAGGGCUCUGGUGAGCUCAUUCACUCCAAUCAUCGGUUUAUAGGAAACUUUGUGGAAAAUAACCCACAAGGUGUUGGCAAGUACAAGUUUGACAUGGGCUGCGAGCAACAUGGAGAGUACUUGUUAGAGGAACACCUUCAGGAAGGAGAUACUGAGGAAGAUGAACAAAUCACGAUUAUUACUCCUAAAUGGAAGUGCACAAGAAUUGGAGAAAUGGAAAGCAUUAUGGCUGAAUAAAAAUAGAUACUGGUCUAAUAUUCCUUGUCAUUAGAGUGACAUUCCUCAAAUCAGAUGCUAAUGUGACUUGUACUAAGCAGUUUUCAGUAUUUAUUACUCUUGUAAAACAUUAUUAGCUUUUAGCAUCUUAAUAAUAUGAAUUAUCACAGAACUUCAGGAAAAUAUUUGAAAGUGAUGACAGAGAUGAUAGUCAAAUAAACAUGUUACACGUUUUUCACAAGUGCACUGUAUUUAUUCCUUAACGCUGACUAUAUCUUUCACAUAUACUACACACUAUUUAUACAGUGGAAUUGAGUAGGAUACCAUGACAUAUCCCACAAAUGUCUAGCAAGGCGUAUAAGUUACUGAGAAGGAAUACAACAGCGGACUGUAUAUGCAUGGCUUCAAGAAUAAAUGUCAUUCAUAAUUA